GGAGCCGAGCGCGGCGCCUUACGGCCGAGGGAGGGCCGCGGCGUGGCCCAGGGGAGGCCGCGCUCGGGGCCGCGAGCGGAGCGGGAGGAGCUGCGGCCGUUGGUGGGAACGGGAAGAGGCGGCGGGCGGAGGGGCGGCGGGGAGUCGGGGAAGCCGAGAUCUGCGGCGGCGGAGAUGGAGCGGAAGAGCUGCUCUGAGCACACGGAUGCAGUGAGCGUGGACAAUUGCGUGCACAGCUUCCCAUCAGAAAUCACUGGAAACAAACGCUCCCGUGUGAGAUCACCAGCCCUGGGGAUUAACACCAAUCCAAGCCCCAGUGGUAAGAAGUUCCGCAGCAAACCCCAGCUGGCUCGCUACCUGGGCAGCUCCAUGGACCUGAGCACUUUUGAUUUCCGCACGGGGAAAAUGCUGAUGAGUAAAAUGAACAAGAACAGGCAGAGGAUGCGCUACGACUGUUCCAACCAAGCCAAAGGCAAGCCUGAUUUGAACACGGCGCUGCCGGUCAGACAGACGGCCUCCAUCUUCAAACAGCCUGUCACAAAGAUCACAAACCAUCCCAGCAAUAAGGUGAAGAGUGACCCACAGAAAGCUGUGGACCAACCCCGGCAGCUCUUCUGGGAGAAGAAAUUAAGCGGGCUGAACGCUUUUGACAUCGCAGAGGAGCUGGUGAAAACAAUGGACCUGCCUAAAGGUUUACAAGGGGUUGGACCUGGUUGCACUGAUGAGACCCUCCUGUCUGCCAUCGCCAGUGCCCUGCACACCAGCACCAUGCCCAUCACUGGGCAGCUGUCUGCAGCCGUGGAGAAGAACCCUGGCGUGUGGCUCAACACUUCACAGCCACUUUGCAAAGCAUUUAUGGUGACCGAUGAAGAUAUUAGGAAGCAAGAGGAGCUGGUGCAGCAGGUGCGGAAGAGGCUGGAGGAAGCUCUGAUGGCUGACAUGCUGGCCCAUGUAGAGGAGAUAGCAAGAGAUGGGGAAGCUCCUACAGAGAAAGAAGGAGGUGAGGAGGAAGGAGAAGAUGAGGAGGAAGAAGAGGAACAGGAUCAUGACCAGGAAAUGGAGAAUGUAUAGUCCAGGGAGUUCCAUCUAAGAAUUCCCAGAACAAACCCUACCAGCAGGGUCAGCACAACUAUUUACAAAGCCAAGAGUGUCUGCAGAGUAACUUGCACCACCAGUCCAGCUGCAACUAUGAGCAUUUUGAUGUACACUUCAGGAAAGCCAAGAAGCUGAUGGUUCAUUCAUUGCUGGGUAGUUUGGAAGAUGGAACUUGACUUAAGCUCUAUUCCCCCUCCUUUUUGUUAAGGGGGGGAGGGCAAGGGGGAAAACAAAAGCGGGAGGGAAUAAAGGAAUGCAAAACAGUGGGAGGGAAUGUAUUAGGAACCAAACUCCCUGUCCUUUUUAAUUUGGUUUUGGUUUUGUGGGUCAGCAAUAGGUGCUACGUUUUUUUUUUCCAAGCUUUUCUAUCCAAGUACCUUUAAGGAUGACCCACGGAAACCAUUUUCUCUCUGAUGCAAGCGAGAGAGAUGCCGUUUCACUCCUUGGCUGCUCUGCUGUGGGCUACCUGUCUGUACCAGUCUGUACGGAGGUCAUUUUAUGUUGUGGAUUGUCAUUCCAUGUGUCAAUUCAGGUCAGUGAAUUUCAUUUUCCUCACAAGACCACGUUGGUCUUGGCAGCGUAGUCUCAGAGAUGAGCUGCCAGUGCCUCUUCCACCUGAGGUUUCGAUGAGCAGGGGAAGUUACACAUGAGGAACUGGUCAAUGGCAAUCUGGUUUUUUUUAGUGAGUUCCACCAUCAAACCAAAUGCACUACAGUGCACGUUUUUAUAUGGAGUUCUGUGUAUGCCUCAGGCAUAGCAGAACAGGGAAGAUAAAUAUACCUGCUCAGUGGUAUAUUUUGCUUUGGUUUCUUCUGAUCAGAAGGACCUCAACUCAGAAUGGGAGGAUUCCUCAUUUCUGACUGACAAUGAGGAAGACUUCCUCUUUUCUCUUUUGGUGCCAAGAACCCUCACCUCUGUUUCUGUGUGUGUGGAGGGAAGGGAAUCCAUUCCAAUAGGUGUUUCUACACAUCUGCUUUCAUGUGCAGUGAUGUUCUGACCUCUUUUAAAAACAAGGCAAAAGGUUGAUUUUUUUUUUUUUUCUAUAAUUGUUACCUUAAAAAAAAAGGAUCUAAAGCUUUUUAUUAAGUAUUAAACCUUUCUUAUUUGCAUGUGCAGUGAAGUGACCAGCAUUUUUGUGUCCAAAAACUGAAAUGAUGUGAAACCUGCCUUAAUGUGUUUAUAAGUAUUUGGCUUCACCGUGGGUACCUUGAUUGAUUCCUCAGUCUCUUCUAGUACAACUGUGAGCAUUUGGGGGGAACUUGGGGCUAAAAAGGGCUUUAUCUGGGGAGGGAGGAUAGGGAGAGGGGAAGGAAGAUGAGUGUAUAGCUUGGAGAAUAUGUUGACUAGGUUGCAGAAGUUAUUUUAGUCUUAGGGUAUCCACUGCAUAACGAAUGCGUGGACGUCUCAGCUGAGAGUAACAGUAUAAAGUGGUGGAUUCAAUAUUGUGCCACUGACCACUUGUACAAGUUGUUGGUAUCCCAAAACUUGGGGAAGAAAGUAGCUCCCAGAGCCUUUAUUGUGUGAGGAUGGUUAGCAGUCGGAGCGAGGGACCUUUGGGAGUAGUUUGCUUUAGUGAUGUCCGUAGGGUUUAAAAGCUCCUCCAAAAAGAUCCCAUGCCAAAGCGACUGGUACUGUAUUAACCUUUCUUAAAGAUGUGAAGACACAAAAUCCUUUUGCUAUUGCUCAUUUGGAGUACUGCAAGAAGACUGAAAUUGUACUUUGCUGCUGCUGUACCAGGUAUUGUGCUGGGGGUCUUUACCUUCUACUGCAGCCGGCGAGGGUGAUUUUUCCUUUUUAAACAGUCUGUUACGGUUGUUAUUCUGUAAAACUGUCCUCUUGUAAUUCAUUGUGUUGAAUUAAAUGUUUCUCACAAA